AAAUAUUCCUUAGAACAAAAGUGUAAACGUAAACAAGACAUCCGUCGUUGUGGCGCCAACCAAUUAAGACUUCCUAACAUGCCGUGCCCAUUCAUCAUAUUCGUCACAUUCCCAUAAAUUCUCCUCGCAACAAAAUUUUCUUACCAAUGGAUUCAGCAACUUUCCGGACCAAAGUCCUGUCCAGGCACCUCCACAACCCACAAUCCCAACAAUCUCUCAUCCAAUCUUCGACAUGUCUCAGCUACUCUCCGCCCGAUCAGUCGGAGUCGGAGCCUACAUUAUUCGACAUUCACCAAAUGCGCAAGCUCAUGGACGGCCACAACUGGCAAGACAGAGACAUGAUGUACAAUCUCAUGAUUCGCAGCCAAUUGUUUAAUCGUAAAGAUAGAGAUGGUGUAGUUUUUGCAUGUCCUAAUUUUAAUCAGUCCAUGGAACAACAGAGGGUCAUGACCAUGAGGCGCAUUGAGUAUUUGUUAAGCCACGGUGCAUUUGAUGGAUUUCUUACUGCCAAGGGACCCGAAAAUGAGCUCAGGAGUUUCGCUCUUGCGGAUUGUUAUGGCGUGUUUGAUCAUUCCCUUGGUAUUAAGCUUGGUGUUCAUUUCUUUCUUUGGGGCGGUGCCAUCCUGAAUCUUGGCACAAAGAGGCAUCAUGAUAAGUGGUUGAGGGACACCGAAACAUACAAGGUGUCAGGUUGUUUUGCAAUGACGGAGUUAGGUCAUGGAAGUAAUGUCCGAGGAAUCGAAACAUUGACCAAGUAUGAUGCAAGCACGGGAGAGUUUGUCAUAAACACACCAUGUGAGUCGGCCCAAAAAUAUUGGAUUGGAGGUGCAGCUAAUCAUGCAACACAUGCGGUAGUUUUCUCACAACUUGAGAUUGAUGGGAAAAACCAAGGAGUCCAUGCCUUUAUAGCCCAAAUUAGAGAUACAAAUGGCGAAAUAUGCCCAAAAGUUCGAAUCGCUGAUUGUGGCCAUAAGAUUGGUCUAAAUGGUGUUGACAAUGGUCGAAUCUGGUUUGAUAAUCUCCGAAUACCUAGAGAGAAUCUGUUAAAUUCAGUGGCUGAUGUUUCCCAAGAUGGCCAGUAUCUUAGCACAAUUAAGGACCCAGAUCAGAGGUUUGCUGCAUUCAUGGCGCCUUUGGUAUUUGGUCGUGUAACAAUUUCAUCCAGUGCGGUUUACUCAGCGAAGAUUGGUUUAGCAAUUGCCACAAGGUACUCAUUGACAAGGAAGGCAUUUUCAAUUACUCCCAAUGGACCUGAAGUACUUCUUCUUGAUUAUCCAAGUCAUCAAAGGCGCCUGCUACCUCUUAUUGCACAGACAUAUGCUAUGAGUUUUGCUGGUAACUAUCUCAAAAGGCUAUAUGUGACGAGGACUCCUGAAUCAUAUAAAUACAUUCAUGUUGUUUCCAGUGCUUUUAAGGCUACAUUGACCUGGCAUAACAUGCGGACUCUACAGGAAUGUCGUGAAGCCAUUGGGGGACAAGGUUUGAAGACCGAGAAUCGUAUCGGUCAGCUUAAAAGUGAGUAUGAUGUGCAAUCCACCUUUGAGGGUGACAAUAAAGUCCUUAUGCAACAGGUUAGCAAAGCUCUUCUCUCAGAAUUUGUUUCUGCUAGAAAGAAAAAGAGGCCGCUGAAAGGGUUAGGCCUGGAGCACAUGAACAAACCUUGUCCUGUUAUUCCAUCUAAGCUAACAAGUUCUGCACUCAGGAGCAUUGACUUCCAGAUAGAGAUUCUUUGCCUGAGAGAGAGGGAUCUAUUGAAUCGGUUUUCUGCAGAAGUUGCUGAAUACCAAGCACAGGGAGUGAGCAUAGAAAAAGCGUUCACUUUGACUUAUCAGACUGCUGAAGACCUCGGCAAGGCCUUUGCAGAUCUGGCGAUUUUGAGAACCUUCUUAGAGGCUGAGUUAGCUGAAUCAACUGGUGAAUUAAAGGACAUUUUAAGCAUAGUGAGAUCCAUGUAUGUAACUACUACCCUGGAAGAAGAUGCAGCCUUCCUCCGAUACGGGUACUUGUCAACAGAUAAUGCUGCUGUAGUGAGGAAAGAAGUGACAAAACUGUGCGGCGAACUCAGACCCCAUGCACUUGCAUUGGUGAAAUCCUUUGGAAUACCAGAUGCUUUUCUGAGCCCUAUAGCAUUUGAUUGGGUCCAAGCAAAUUCUUGGUCUGCAGUACGAAACUAGUUCUGAUUUCUGCCCUUCAGAUGGGACUACUUUUGUAACCAAUACUACAUGAUCUUAUAAAUAAUCAGCUGUUGUCAUA